UAAUGAGGACAUUUCAAAGGAUUACUUGGUAGCGUCCUUUAGAUCUGCCUUUUGAAAGGUAAGGAUUGGUGUAAAAAGCUCUGUUAUAACAGAGUUCCGAAUUGUGUUAAUCGGGGAUAAAUGUUCUCAUACAUAGAACCGGAACCUCGCAUGUUAAAGAUACUAAAAUCCUGCUCCAUUCACGUCCUAAGGAGCUCCCUGAUUAUGGCUGUAAUGAGAUGCGGUUGCUACUGCUUGGAGAUCUAUGCGAUUUAAAAUGUGCCGUAUGUGCCUUUUGUGUUAGUCCAUCGACGUUUGGAAGGGACAUGAUUAAACCCCAUCGUUGUGCCAUUAUCUGGCGUGUAACUGUCUUUAAAAGCCCUUUUGCUGGUCUUUUGUUUGGUGUGGCUGGAAUUGUCCAUGCCGCCACUCCCCCGCUCCAGGGGAGAAUCAGGAGGGGCCCAGAGCAGGUUUGCAUUUCAAGGGGGCAGAAACAAUCCUGCAGACUCUCUGGAGCCAGGGGCUGCAGACAUUUGCCAGACGUGUGAACUCUACUCCUAACUGACAGCUGUUAUCUCUUUUCUCUUCGUACUUUGAUGUGGAUUCACACUUGCAAACGAGCCCGCGAGGGAGGGCCCCCUAUAAAUAAAUGGAGGCCCCCACCCGCCCGCUUGCCCUCCCCUCCAGCCGAGCAGCGCUAGCUAAGCCGAGAGAGCUGCAGGCAGCUCCUGUGAGCCCCGCUCCUUCCGCCGCCACUCGCCAUGGGCGAGGCCGCCUUCUCCGUGGACUUGCCGGCCCAGCCUGCCAGCGAGGAGCAAAGGCCAGCGGGCAGGCCGCACAUCUGCUGCGUCCCUCCUCCGCGGGCCCCCACCUGCUUCAGCCGGAGUCCCCGCCUGGCCAAAGCAAAGCCCAGAGGGGGAGCCGCGGCCGGGGGCCAGCUCCACCCCGGCAGCCUGCGCCGAGAGGAGCUGGAAGACACCAAGCCCCAGGGGCUGCCCAACGACCGAGCAAGUCCCGCUCCGGAGGGCGGCUGGGCGAGCGCGGACGAGUCCUCCGGGUACGAGAGCGAAAGCGCCGCCUCCUGCAUCCCCUCGUCGCCGGGGGAGGACGAGCCCCAGCAGCGCAGGGCGCGGACCGCCUUCACCCCGGAGCAGGUCGGCAAGCUGGAGAAAACCUUCAAGCGGCAGAAGUACGUGGGGGCGGCGGAGAGGAGGAACCUGGCGGCCGCUCUUCAGCUGUCGGAGAUUCAGGUCAAAACCUGGUUCCAGAAUCGCAGGAUGAAACUUAAGAGGCAAAUACAAGACCACCAUCAUAAUCUCAUAUCUUCAGAUCCCUUCUAUGGCUAUAAGCAAGGGACCCCACCAAAUAUGUUACAGAAUUAUUCCCACUAUCCUAGUCCACAGCAACAAAGACUUCUGCCUUUUACUCCUAAUUGUGCUUUACAGUUCAACUCUUCCUUUCAAAUAUAUGAGGCCCAAAACCCAUCAUACCCCCUUAGGGCACAUGAUCUGCCUUUUUUUCACCAACAUUUUCUACCACAAUUCUCUGUCCAUCCAGUUGUACAGAACAAAAUGGACAACAAACAAUUUAAUCCUCUUCAAACAUUAUAACUGAAGCAAAGUGGAAGAUAUGAGAGAGGUAUAAUAUAAUACACUAUAUUAUAUGAUUCAACUGUACAUAAAAUGUUUGUCUGAUGUAGAAGUGUAUAUUUUUAAUAUAAAGUUUAAAUAUAAAGGUUCAUACCUAAAUUAAGUAUAAUUGUAUUUAAUUGAGUUUGAAUGCUGUUAGAGGCACUCUAGUCCUAAUUCUUGGGUUUAUACCCAACCUAUGUAAUUUGAAGGUUACUGAUCUGAAGGAUUCUGACAGAUUAUGCUAUCUUCCUUUAGUGUGUGGAUGCUUAAAAGGAUCUUUAGCUAUAAAUUCCAUAUUGACAAUUAGUCUGUCCAUAGGAGGAGAAUUCCACUGGAACUACUGCUGGCACUGGUGAAAACCCUAAUGUAGAUGUGCUGAACGCAAAUUGUGUACGGGUUUGGUCACACAGCCUUGUCUACACUAGGAUUCCCACCAUGUAGGCAAGGCUGAGAUAAAAUUCAUUGUUGUAGAGGGGCACAACCUACCCCUGGAGUCCUAUACUUUAAAAAUAUUAUGCAAACAAUUAACCUAUAGCAAAACCUUAUCAACUGUGAAGAAACCAUCAAUCUGGAGGCAUUGUUAUUGUAAUGUUCAUCUAAUAGUUUUUCCUGUGUAUAUGCAGCACAGAAACCAGAAACAAUUAGGAUUCAGGUUUGCUAAUUUUUGGUUGGGUAGUACUUAUAAUCAGAAAGCUGGCAACCGGCUUCUGAUGAGAUGAUACACAUAGAACGUCCAGUUAGGAGCAGGAAAGGAUGACAAGACCAUUUAUAAACUUAGUUCCAAUGUACCACAUAAUCCUGAGUUGGCUGUUACGCAAUUUGUGACUUUUGACCAUGUCCACUUUUCCUAUUCUCAUCCAAGUGUUUGCUGGCCUGUGAAAAUUAAAACUUUUACACUAUUUAAAGAGUAGAAUCAUAAAAUGUACUUGUUUUGUGACCUCAGUACUGCAUAGUGCUUCUAUAAUAGGAUUCUGUGUAAAUGUAUGGGGGGGUAGGAGGGUUGUUUUGUGAACAUAAAUUAGUUUUAUACUUCCAUUGCAUCUUCCACCCAAGAAC